AUGUUCUCCAACAGACGCACCACAACACCUGAGGAGCAGAGGGGCUUCAAGACGCACACGCCUCACUUCAUCCCAUGGCUGCGCAACAGCCUGAAGGCUCAGCACAGCAGCGGUGACCUGGGCCUCAACGGGCCAUGCAAAUCCAGCUCGGAGGCCCGCAAUACCUUGACCCCGCUGGAGAGAGCCAAAGGAAUCGGGUUCUUCUCCAUCCAGGGGAAGGAGCGGGCAAAGAAGGGGGAACUCAGAUGUAAUGGCAUUGGGAUGCUGCCAGUGGUGUUGAAGGGACACCACAUCCUGCCAGGAAGUCUGGGGAAGCAGAAGGAGAGUUGUCCUGCCAGGUGGGGCAAGACUAAAGACCAGGAACCCAGCACACAGCUUGGCCCAGAGGAGGGUCAGUGGGACAGUUCUUCCACCACUUUGGACAACCACAACUUUGCAAAGAACCAAAGCAACAAACUGAGCCUCCGUCAGGUAAAGAACGACACAAACUCAGUCAGGAAGUACGGGCCUUUGGUGGGACCCCCUCCAACUCCAGUCCCUGUGGUGCUGGCUGAGAGGCCCAGCUGUGAGGUGCCUGUUGUGGUAUGCAUGGAAGACGGGGAAAGAAAGGUGUGGGACUACAGCAGCCACACCACCUACCGGCAGAGAGACCUCCAUUCAUCCAGCUGGCUGAGCUCAGACACUCAGGGGCUCAUGGAGAGGCAGCAUGGGUUCAGCUCCAGCUUCAGCUACGUCAACAAGCACGGCAGAAGCUCACAGAGUCAAAGGGAUCUGAGGGAGGCCCCAGCGGAGGCCUUAAACGGGCCCCUGAAUGGACUCAUCUUCUCCACCGAGAUCCCCCACAGAGGCCUGAGCUGUACCACAUCUCUGAGAGGCCUGAGGAAAUCCAGACCGAUCUCGGAGCGCAUCACAGUCCUGGGUCAGAACCAAACGUGGGUGCAGCACAGACCAAACGCUGAAGAGGGACCGCAGAGGAAGGAAGCAGGGUGUACGAGAAAAGUGGUCCGAAACCAGAUCAAACGAGUGAUGGACAACCUGGAGCAGGUCCUCACAGCUUUGAAGGACAUCCAGCAGGAAAUGAAAGAGGUGGUACAGCAGAUUGAUUAUCUAACCUCCUCUAUUGAUCUGGAUGAGGAGGAGCAGCAAACUGGAGGAGACGCUAAGCCUCCAAGUGACAGGAGCUACAGUUCAGGUUCUAGCUCUGCCGAUGUAACAACGGGUAGGACCCAUCGGAGGCCUCCAGAAGCUGAAAACCAGCCAGGACCCAUGGAGCCGUGUGGCUUCAGCAGAAGAGAUCAUGGCAGCAGAUGCCAGUCUCCACAGAAUGCACAGCUGACCUCGAUUAGCUCAGGCUUUUUGUCAGAAAGAAGUCCGACUCUUCGUUUAACCUGUGGUUCCGUGUCCUCGCUGAGAAAAGGCGGGCCGCAGCUUCAUGUGAACAACUUCCCCCCUUUAGAUUCACCUCAUAUUCAAAACCUUCCCACUUAUAAUCACAUUCUGUCCCCCAGAAGAAGCAUCCCCGCCCGUCCUCCCACUCCUGGUCUUUCUCCCCUAACAGUGAACCUGCAUCACCCCUGCAGUCCUGGCUCGCAGCCUUGCUCCCCAGGAGGGUCCUCUUCCAUCAGAAUCAGUGUCGUCUCCCCUCCGUCUCCGAAGCUUCAUCCACCCCCUCCACUCAGCUCGUCUGUCAUCAUAGAGACCAAAGUUGGGUCUAAUCAGACCCCACAAGGCGGUCUCCCAUCUGCUGGUCUGCUGUCACCGUCUCUGAGCCCCCCUCAGUCUAAAAGCUGCCCACCCACCAACAUAGAGACUCAAACCUCGACCCUGGAUGACAGAGAGUGGCGAGCAUCCUCAGCAGGACCCUCACGUGUUUGCACCACCUCCGCAGGCGCAACUAAGCCCCCCACCUCACAAGGCCGCAGGGGUCGCAAGCCUCCACCAUACCCCCAUAGCAGACUCUCCGAACCCACAAAGAAAAUAAAGGAGCCCUGCAAAGCUCCUCCGUACCCUGAGAAGAGAAGGCUGCAGUCAACCACUGUGUGAGACAACACAGCAGAAGGGGGAGGCCGAUUGAACAAUCAUACA